GUAUAUGCAUGGAGUAAGAUCUCUAAGGCUGUGCUAUAAAUAUCUGAUGUAUCUUCGCUUCCAAUCUCAUAAACCCUUCUCAAAUCUUAUGCUUUGCUUUAUCGCAUUGGUCACAAUCUUGUAAUCAAUCAUAUUUUAUUUGCGUCUGAGAGUUGAAUUUGUGAUGGAACUCGGUUUUAGGCACCAACUUGGCCUUGUUUGUGUCAUAUUCCUCUUCCCUGCACUCUGCAACUGCAAGGAAUAUUUCACCAACUCAAGAGCAACCUAUUAUGGCAGCCCCGACGGCUACGGUACUCCAACCGGAGCAUGUGGAUUCGGGGAGUAUGGAAGGAAGAUGAAUUGGUAUGAUGGAAGAGUGGCAGGGGUCUCUGGGCUAUGGAGGAAUGGAGCUGGUUGUGGCACGUGUUAUCAGGUAAAGUGCAAAAUACCAGAACUGUGCGAUGUGAAUGGAGCAUUCCUGGUGGCAACAGACCAGGGUUAUGGAGACAGAACGGACUUCGUAAUGAGCCCACGGGCGUUCUCAAGAUUGGGACGCAAUCAAAAUGCAUCUGCAGAGCUAAAGAAAUACGGUACAGUGGACAUUGCAUACAGAAGAGUCCCAUGUACGUUCAUGGGCAACGUCUUGUUUCACAUAAAGGAAAGUAGCAGCAACCCUGGUUACUUGGCCGUUCUGAUUCUGAAUGUAAAUGGAAAAUACGACGUCAAUGCUGUUGAAAUGUGGCAGAAAGGGCAACAACGAUGGGAACCCCUUCGAAGGGUGUAUGGGGCAGUGUUUGACUUUGCGAAUCCACCGAGAGGUACAAUCCUGCUGAGAUUUCAAGUUGGCGUUAAUUGGAUGACACCAAACAUCCCUAUCCCUUCUAAUUGGAAGCCUGGAGCUACUUAUGACACCAAACUUCAGCUUUAAACAUCAACACAUUAUUACAAAUAACUCUCCAUGCUUCUGUCUAAAGGGGCUCCAAUAAAUAAUGGGGAUUCUACUUUCCUAUAACAAUAAAAUCUUCUUUAUGAUCAUUAAAUUGAUUUCUAUGUUAAAUUAAAAA